AAAUCUUCGGCUUGAAUGAGAGUAUUCUAACAAUCAUGAUUCUAGGAUGUCGAGUUGUUCGAGGACCAGACUGGAAAUGGGGCGACCAAGAUGGAGGAGAAGGAUGUGUUGGAACAAUUGUUGACCUACAAAAAUUUGCAGAUGGUCAAACAUUGCCGUCAAAAACUGUACUGGUGUGUUGGGAUAAUGGGAAGCAAGCUGAUUACAGGACUGGAUUGAAUGACUGCUACGAUUUACGAGUCUUUGAUUCCUCUUCAGCGGGAGUUGUGUUUAAAGAUUUUACUUGUGAUGGAUGCAUGACCUCGGGCAUCACAGGAAUACGAUGGCACUGCACAGUAUGUCACAACUUCGACCUGUGUAAUGUUUGCUACAUGAAUGAUGUGCAUGACAAAAACCAUGCAUUUAUUCGUUUUCACAUAUCGAACGACAGAACCAAUGGAACCAAUGUUGGAAAGCRCUCUGACGCUGUUGAGAAAAAGAUUCGCGCCACUGGAAUAUUCCCUGGUGCCCUAGUAAAACAAGGACGGGACUGGACAUUAGACAAUGACUUAGGCUCGAAGGUUGGAGGCGUAGUAGGGCUAACUGCAUGGGAAAAUACACCCAGGAGUGCAGUCCUUGUAAACUGGGGUAACUCUUUUGAAAUCAAACAUAGAGUUGGAUAUGAAGGCAAAAUGGAUUUAUGCCUAGUCAAAGCUGCAAAUGGGCCAUGUUACUAUAAAGACCAUCUCCCUGUGGUAUCUACGAUUAGUAUGCCGAGGUCAGGAGGGAAUGAAUUGAGAGAAGGAGACAUGGUGAAAACGGAACUGGACGUUGAAACACUGAAGCAGUUGGCGGAAGGUCAUGGGGGAUGGGUAGAUGCAAUGCAAAAAGUAAUCGGAAAAGUAGGUAAGGUUGGCCGUAUUGAUGAAGACGGUGAUGUUCAUGUCCAGUAUGGAUUAUUCAAUUGGGUAUUUCAUCCCGAAGCACUUUGUAAGGUAACUAUAAAUUUGCGAACUGGAGACAAAGUCAGAGUUGCCGGUAACAAAGAAACAGUGAUGAACCUACAAGAAGGUCAUGGAGGCUGGAAUAAUGCAAUGGAAAAUGUAUUAGGGAAAGCUGGUAAAGUGAUUCGAGUUGUUGAUAAUGGAGAUAUGGUGGUUAGCAUCGAGGAUCGUGUUUGGGUUUUCAAUCCAGAUGCUCUUAUUUUGGAGUCCAAAGAAGAAGAGAGAACGCCUGCUGGACAUGAAGAUCCUUCUGCCAGCGCUACAACUGCCUUAGAACUUCUGCUUCACGCUAUGCUUGAAGGAGUGUCAAAUGCUUCCAGUUCAGAAACCGAUUUUGAACCCCUUUUGGUGGCUACUACUGUUGGAAACUUGGAGAAAGUCAAGCAGAUCAUCGGUAGCAACAAAGCCUUGGUAAAUCAAAAAUUUGCCAGAAACAAGACGCCCUUGCAAGUGGCCUGUCAUCAAGGAAAAUCUGAGAUUGUGUCUUAUCUACUGGAAAACGGAGCUGACAAAGAACUAAGGGAUGAACAAGGUUACACAGCAUUGCACCAUGCUGCUUAUGGUGACGAAACCGGUGUUUGUGUUGUAGUCAUGCUUUCUGCUAAUGCCAAAGUGAAUCCAACCGAUUUGGACCGAACCAAGGUAACACCUCUCCAUCUCGCUGUUCAAAGAGGCAAUGAAGCAGGUGUGGUCGCUCUGGUACAAUCUAAGUAUUGUGAUGUCAAUUGCCAGGACGUAUUGGGAGACACACCUUUACAUGAAGCAAUUUUACGCAGUCAGAAUAACAUAUUUUCCCAUCUACUCAAAGCCAAGAACCUGGAUCCAACUAUUUGUAAUGUAAAUGGAUUCAACAUACUGCAUUUGGCCUGUCUGAAAAACUGCCAACAUGCAGCCAAGUUAUUGAUAGAAAAGUUUCCAGGUUUAGUGGAUAUUACUAAAGAAGAUGGAUUUUCAGCUUUACAUGUGGUUUCAAUAAAUAACCAUCAUGAAAUUGCCAGACAUUUGAUUUUAUCGGGUCAUUGUAGCAUCAAUAUGCGAAACGAUGAGGGCAUGACAGCUUUAGCUUUGUCUGUAUCAAGGAGUCACAAAGAAAUGAUCGAACUAUUGAUUGAGCAUGGAGUAGAUGUCGAUGUGGAAGAUAAAGAUGGAGACACACCCCUUCAUGUUGCUGUCAUGAAACACUGCAUCGUACACUUAGGGGUCGAUUUUCAGUCUUUGGGGUUGGAUGGUCCAGCAGGCAACGAGGCUGAAAAAGCCAUUGCACUUUUCCUAGUCGCCCGCGGUGGAGCAAAAUCUGACUACAGUAACCAUCAAGGAAAGACCCCACUGGACCUUUGUAUUGAUGAAGAAUUGAAGGAGAUGCUCAGGCGUCAAGACUUAGUGCGAAGAAAUAAAUACCAAGGUGGAACUCCAGCUGCGUUGGCUACACAAGCACGACCAGUGCCAGGUUCUUUUCGAGCUCCUUCGCCUAGGACAGCUGUUCCACUACCGAUAGCCUCUCCUGUUGCAGGAAAUCCUAACCUGAUACCAACUUCACCAGGUUCUCCAAGGGAGCCUUGUGAGGCUCCUCCCAAGUCAUUUCCAGAACCUAAACCUAUUCCAGCUAAAAGUGCCAUAGGGUCAUCUGAUGAUGCCAAAAUGUUAAGUACAACUAAGCCUCUUCCAAUUGAUCCUCCUACGCCGGUAUCAAAGCUUCCAGCUGUUGUUCCAGCAAUAGUAUCGUCAAGACCGAUAAAUACAAAGGCUAUGGCCACUGCGCCUGGGCCUGCAACCCCAUCUAGAUCUACUGCUGAAGCGACUCCUGCUGGUGACAUACCCAUGGCGUUAGCGAACCUGGAAUUAAAAGAUGACACAUCUGCUUCGAAUGUUGUAGGCACUUCUUCUGCAGAAUCCGAAAGAAGGAAUACUAAUAAUGACAUAUCGUCAGAAAUAAGGACCUCUUCAAAUGAAAAGGCAAAAAUGGUCAAAUCACAGAAGACUAACGUACAGGAUGAACUGUGUCGUUAUUGUAGAGAGGAAAAAGCAGAUGUAAUAUUCAAACCUUGCAACCACAAAGUUGUGUGUCAGGGUUGCUCCCUGAGGGCAAGAUUUUGCCUGAAGUGCGAGAAAAAAAUCAAUAGCAAACUUGCUCCAGGAACAGAAGCUCCACUCUUGUCCUUAACACACAUAAAAAAAGAUUAUGAAAAUAAAAUAAAAGAAUUAGAGCUUCUGGCAAUUUGUCGAAUUUGCAUGGACAGUCCAAGCAACGUGGUAUUCCGACCGUGCGGUCACAAGUGCUGCCAUGAAUGCGCUAGAAGAUUGUACAGAUGUCAUAGUUGUAAAGAGAAAAUAGAUGAAAGAAUUGUCUCAUAUCAGUAGUAACUGGACUGCCGAGAUAGGUUGCAGAAAGACUACAAUUCUAGCUGGGCGGACUAGUUCUAAUAAUUUAGGAAUGGAAAGCUGUAAUUACAUAUGAUCAUGAAGUCCUCAAAUGGGCUAUAUCUGUGCUCCAUUUGAAAGAAGGGAAAGGAAUUUAUUAUAUAUUAAAAAUGACAAGAAAUAGCCAAGAUCCAAGAUUUAUCCUUUAAAGGAAUUCAUUGCUGCUUACUUCAAAUGUAGAUAAGAUGAUUUGUGCUUUGAAAUAGCGCUAUCUCAUUUCAGUUCGAUCUUUUAUGUCCAUAAAAUAGAACGAGGGGCCCACGCGGGAGUGGAUUUCAAAGAUUCCGCUUCAAGUAAGAAAUAGAUAAAAAAUUGUUUUAAACAAA